CGACUGACUUUGUUGAGCAAAAAUUUUGAAAUUUAUUAUAAAAUUAUAAAAUUGAAUUUUUAUGGAAAGAAUAUCAAUUUUUAUAUGGCCGUUGAAGAAUAUCGAAAAAUUCCCGAUUCAGAGAAAAGAGCUGAAAUGGCUCGGCAAAUUUUUGAGCGUCAUUUUACUUUAAAUAGCGCUGAGCCAGUAAAUAUUGAUAACAGUACGAGUAAAACUAUUAAAGAUGCUGUCUUAGAGAAAUGUUUUACUGCUAACCUUUAUGACGUAGCACAAUAUCAAAUUUUUCAUUUGCUCAAAUACGAUUGCUGGCCGCGUUAUCUUCGUUCGGGUGGUGUUGCACCAACUUUUGAUGACACUCCUGAUGAAAAUAGAGCAACACAAUCUUUAGUGCAAUCUAACCAGACUGGAUCAACAAUAGAUCCAGCACGUCAAGCUAUGGACGCUUUAAAUAAUCGUUGUGUUCGUUUAAUGCCCGUUCUAUAUUUUGCUGCUGAUAUCAUUGUUCCCCAAGCGUUAACUAAAACGGGUGGAACAAUAAUUUUAUUGCGUGCUCGUCACGGUCUUUCUUCAACUGCCGUUCUAAAACCAGUUCUUAAUAAAUUUUCGGUAGAUUUCGAUAAUUGUAUCGUUGUUUUCUCUGGAAGUCUCGAUGUUAUUAGUCCACAAGCACCUAUUGGGCAUAUUGGUCAAAAAUGUGUGACCGUUAUGACACAACAACAAUAUCAAGAACGAUUGAAUGCUCCAAAACGUGAAACCAAUCGCGAUUGCUUAAUAUCGCCUCAUUAUUUAUCAGCUGAAAUAAAUUUGCCAUUUUAUCAGCAUGGUGAUGUUGCAUUUGUUGAAUUACCUGUUGAUUUUGAUAUAAGAACGGGUAAAAUGAAUGCGACACGAAUGUAUUCAAAUGCUAAAGUAAGCUUAUUGAUUGAUUAA